AUGGAGAUGAGUAUCGAAGCACUGAUGGAGGCACUGGCCGUGCUUCAGCAAGCGACAGCGCUCGACUUCUCCGGUGAUGUCGAGGACGCGGUGGAGAUGUACAUCGCCGCCGUCACGUGUCUCGACGCUGUCGCCGAGGUGUUGCCGGCCGAUCUGGCGGAGACGGUAAAGCGAAAUACAGAAGCGAUACGGCGUAAGAUUGAUAUACUACGCCGGUCGCGCUGGACGCACGAACAGACCACCCUCUUCCCCUCCUUUACGAUUCAGUUCGUACCCGUCCCGAUCCCCAUCGAGGACUACCGUGUGCCGCGCUCACCCUUCUCGCGCGUGUUCUGGCUUAUGCGGCUGCUGAAACGCUCCAUCCACCAAGGCGCUUUCUUCACGCCUAGCCUGUAUGUCUCGCGGGAGGUAUGGAUGCAGAACGGCUCUGGCGCCUCUCUGCGGUUUGUAGGCGCCAAGAUCAAGUACACGUCGGCUCUCUGCAGCGCGAUCGAGCCGCUGCAGUCGAUGAAGACUCUCGGCGACAUCGAGAAGACAGAAGUGCACCUGCGCAGGUUCGUCGACAUCGAGCGUGAACUCCGCAGUACCCUCGACAGCGAGAUUGGCCGGGUGAAGGAUGCGAAGCAGCCGAAGAAAAGCGUAUGGGGUACGUUGACCAAGAAGGCCAAGUCGUGGGCACACCAGGAGUCGAACUACGACGUGUGCCUGACCUGGGCGUCGAGGGCGCUGGAGGAGGGGCAGCUGUUCGAGCGGUGGCACAUCUACUUUGCGCAGGCGGUCAAAGGUGUGUCGCCGGUGCCGCCGGGCAUUCAGCUCAUUCUGGAUCUCCUGCAGUACAUUGGCGUCCAGCUGUACUCCGGUCUCUGCGUAUUUCUUCUGCAUGACAUGACGAUGCUCGUGGAGCGCUAUCAGUGCAAAUGCCAAAAGAGUGUGGCUCGCCUUCUCCCUGUCGAGUCGAGGCUGGAGAGCGGGGGCGCGAGUAGCUGA